AUGGAGCCGAGGUGGCAGCACCAGUUCCGGGUGAUCAUGUUGGGGGACUCGACGGUGGGGAAAUCCUCCCUCCUGAGGCGUUACACCGAGGGGAUCUUCCUGGAUGCCAUCAACCAAACGGUGGGAGUGGAUUUCUACGUCCAGUUCGUGGAGUUGGAGCCGGGGCUGAGGGUGAAGCUGCAGUUCUGGGAUACGGCCGGGCAGGAGAGGUUCAGGUCUGUGACUCGCUCCUACUACCGCAACUCUGCCGGGGGGAUGCUGCUCUUCGACCUCACCAACCGCACGUCCUUCGAGAGCGUCCGGCGGUGGCACCGGGAGGUGACAGACACCCUGCAGCCCUCCCGGCUGGUGUUCUUGCUGGUGGGACACAAGAGUGACCUGGUGGGACAGCGACGGGUGGCCAGGAGGGAGGCGGAGAAGCUGGCGGCCUCCCUGGGGGUGCAGUACGUGGAGACCUCGGCCAAGGAUGCCACCAACGUGGUCCAAGCUUUCCAGAUGUUGACCUUGGCCAUCUACCAGGCCCUGCAGAGCGGGAGGCUGAGCCCCACUGGGGCCUGGGAUGGGGUGAAGAGCAGAGUCCCACUGCCCAUCCAACACAAAGCUGGGGAGCAGGAGAAGGAGGAGGAGAAGAAGAAAUGUUCGUGCUAG